UAUAAAAAAAAAGGGUCUUAAAGCUUAAAAGAAAGCUGAUAGCAGAAAGCAGAAAGCAAUAGCUUUUCUUCUUCAUGUUCCCUCCCCCCUCACCUUUCUUUCUCUGCCCAUUUUCCUUUGUGUUAUCAGUAAAGUAAAGCUGAAUUCCUUCCCUUCCCCUCCCACAAUUCCAACUCCACCACCUGUACAGCUAAAAGAUUCAUUGACUUGUUUUCACUUAAACUCACAUCACCAACAAUCUCCAACAGGCAACAACAUAUAGUCUGCCAAGGAACACCAAAAACAAUAUGUUGGAAAACACUACUUCUUCUGCCCUUCCAUCUUCCUCCUCUGAUCCUCUCACUCCUUUGGAAAACGAGGCCACCCAGAAAAGAAAAAGAAAGCCAGCGGGCACCCCAGAUCCAGAUGCAGAGGUGGUUUCUUUAUCUCCAAAGACGUUGUUGGAAUCGGAUAGAUAUGUUUGUGAGAUCUGCAAUCAGGGGUUUCAAAGAGACCAGAACCUUCAAAUGCAUAGGAGGAGGCACAAGGUGCCUUGGAAGUUGCUGAAAAGGGAAACACAAGAGGUGAAGAAGAGGGUAUAUGUUUGCCCUGAACCAAGCUGCUUGCACCAUGACCCUUGCCAUGCCCUGGGAGAUCUGGUUGGCAUAAAGAAACAUUUCAGGAGGAAGCACAGCAAUCAGAAACAGUGGGUUUGCGAUAAGUGCUGUAAAGGAUAUGCUGUUCAGUCUGAUUACAAGGCUCAUCUCAAGACUUGUGGUACCAGAGGCCAUUCUUGUGAUUGUGGCCGUGUUUUUUCCAGGGUGGAGAGUUUCAUUGAGCACCAAGAUAAUUGCAAUGUUCGACGAGUCCAACCUGAAUUGCAGGCACUGCAGCCGGCGUGCUCCUCUCGAACGGCUUCAAACACUAGUCCGUCGAGCGAUGCCAACUUUAGCAUUGCCCCGUUGCCUGGAUUGCCAAUGCCAAAAUCAACUGAGCCUGUUUUCUUGUACAAUCAUGUGUCUACUUCUGACCACCAGCACCAACUGCAGCACAAUCUUGAACUUCAGCUUCUACCAUCACCAAGCACUCAAUUAUCGCGGAAUUCAGAUGAGAAUUAUGGAACUCAUUUGAAGCUAUCAAUAGGGUCAAGUGACGGUGGUGAAAAGUGUGAAUCCAACAAGCUUAGUUUAGCUACAUGUAGAGAAAAGAAUGCCAGUGAAACAGCAUUGGAAGCUACUAGGUUGAAAGAGUUUGCAAGUGAGCAACUAAAGUUGGCCAUGGCUGAGACGGCCUACGCCGAAAAGGCUAGACAGGAAGCAAAGAGGCAGAUUGAGAUGGCUGAGCUUGAGUUUGCAAGUGCUAAAAGGAUAAGGCAACAAGCACAAGAUGUACUGGAGAAGGCUCAAAUCUUGAAAGAUCAGGCGACAAAGAAGAUAAGUGCUACUAUCAUGCGGAUCACUUGUCAAGCUUGCAAGCAUCAAUUCCAAAUAUCAACAGCUGCGGUUCCAGCUGAUGAGACCUCACUUGCUAUGAGUUACAUGUCUUCAGCCACAACAGAAGGGGAAGGAGAGUGACGGCAAGUUGAUCAUGCAAUGAAAAUGAUCGAUCUUUAGCCCUUAAAUCUCUUUGUUUUCGAUCUGCAUGUUGAGUUUUUCUUUGCUGUGUCAAGUAGUUCAGUUCUUCUGACUAAUAUCGUGUCUUUGAUAUCUUCAUUUGUUUAAUAGAAAAGUAGAUGAUUCAAUUUACAAGUGCAAUGCAGUGAAGUAGAUUAUUCCACAAAGAAUAUUCAUACCUCACUAUUCACUAAGCUAUAUAUGACUUGUAUUGAAUAAUCCUAGAUUGGGCAUCUUGCCACUUUGAAACCUGAUCAUGGUACGAUUAACUCAUUGAAUUGAGUUGUAAUGUUCUGUCCUUUUGGCCUGUGACCGUUAGUUGAAAUGCAUUUACACUGUUUUCUUUUCAUUGUUUCAUCUUUUAUCUUUCCUUAUUUUAGUCAGUUGAUGCUGC